GUUUAUUUAUUUAUUUUAUUUUUUCAAUGUUAAAUGCCUGACAGGUUCUCGGUGGAGUGGAUAUAAAAAGUCUACACACCCCUGUUAAAACGGAGUUUUGUGAUGUAAAUGGUUUUGUGGCAUUCCGGGAGUGAGCAGUACUUUUCCAGAUGUUCCUGCAGCUCCGUUGAUGUUGCUGUAGGUCCCUCACCAGCCUCGCUGACAGGUUUUCUUCUCGUCCUUCCGUCGGAUUUGGAGGGACGUCCUGUUCUUGGUGGCGUCACUGCGCUGCUCGGUUUUCUCCACGUGAUGGAGAUGAUGGCCUUCACGGUGUUCCAUGGUACAUCUGAUGUUUUCGAAAGUUCUUUGCAGCCCUCUCCUGAUCGAUACGUUUCGUCAGUGUGAGCAGUUGGACGAAACCGAGAAGAAAAUCCCAAGAAACAGCUGAUCUUUAUUUAAGGUUCAUCAGAAUCACGAUACCUACCUAAAGGUCGCUGCAGUCCGAGUACAGCCUUCGUGGUAGCGCUAUUCACUAAUCCUAGUGUUCUCUUUCAGUAAGAUAACGCUCCCUGACACACUGCAAACACUGUUCAGGAACGGUUCGAGGAACACGGCAAGAUGUCGACUCCGCCUCCAAAUCCCCCAGAUCUCAAUCCGAUCGAGCGUCUGUGCGAUGUUCUGGACGGACGAGUCCGAUCCACAGCCGCCCCACCUCGCAUCUUACAGAACUCAAAGGAUCCGCUAACGUCCUGGCGCCGGACACCGCAGCACACCUCCAGAGGUCCUGUGGAGUCCACGCCUCGACGGCUCAGAGCUAACUGUUUCCGAUAAAGCGCAGACGUUCAUGCAGCGAUGCUUCUUGCUGUAUUCGUCAGGUGUAAGUUUGAUGUGCGUAGCCCGGAAUCCUUAAUUACGCCUCGAUGAACUAUUUUUUCCUACGAGUGCAUCACGUAUCGUGGACUACAUGCUAACCUCCUGAUUUCAGCUUCUAGGUUUUACUCUAAGAAGAGUCUAAAUGUUUGAAAACGUCGGGAGCAUGAAGGGUCUAAAACUUUCUCGUGAUUUGUUCUGUAAGCGUUCUGACAUUUCGUCCUCCGCUGCGAACACGUCUUUAUUCUCUGUUUAAUUCCCUCGGCGUCCUUUAAAGCAUGUCAAAUAAAUAAUUGGCUCACUCGGAGCACGCAGAGGAACGUCAAGCAGUUUUCAUCUUCCUGCAUUUUCGCCGUGACGCACCUGCUUUGUUUUGGUGAUUUUAUCGGUUUCGGUGCGUUCCCGUGUGUUUGAAUUGUAUUUGAAUGAACUCGCAGCUGAACCGGGGCCUAAAAGAUGUCAACUGAGCAGAAGACUCACACCUGAGUCUAUUGAAAGCCAAGAUCAACUGAUUAAAACAGGUGGGAUCAGGUGUGCCUCCUGCUUGGUUGAAGUGAAAACCUGCACCCACUCCGGCCCUUUCCGGAUCAGACUGGACACCCCUGCGCUACAUCAAUUGUCGCCAACCUUCCUUCCUUGAGAUCUUCCUUCCUGCAGGUUUCAUCUCCAGCCCAACUCGAACACACCUGUUUUCGUUGAUCAAGACCUUCAUAAGGCAGUGGUCAUUAGAUGGUCAGGUGGGCACCAUUAUGGUCGGAGAUAAAGUCUCCAGGAAGGUAGAGCCCCAGGAACAAGGUUGGUGAUCACUGCUCUACAUCAUGACUAAUCAUUGUCGAUGAUCGGUGAGGUCCACGGCCGUAGACUCAUCAGCAAACUUGAUGUUUCUGCAAACUGUUCCGCUUUCCCGUGAGCUGCUCUGGGACGAUCGUGUUAAAUGCUGAAGUCCACGAGCAGCGUCCUUGUGUACAGUGAUUGUCGGUUUUUGUUCAGGUGGGUCAGAGGCAGGUGGAUGUCUACAGAUUCCUGCGACGUUUUAAACAAAAGUGAAACAACCGUGAGUUUGCAUGCAGUAGGAAGUUUCUUAUGGAAGUCGGUGUGCAAAAUAACUCGGGUAAUCUGAAAGCGCGUUGAGUGGAUGAUUUUUACUGACAGCAUUUUAUUCCGAGUCGUAUUUAGAGUCGUUUAGAUCAAAUGUAAAACUUUAAGCACGACUGAUGUAAAGGAACAGGAGGAGACCGGGUGGUGCAGUGUGAUGCGGCUCGUCGCAAAAUGGCGUUACAAACCAGAGUCCCUGCCCCACUUAUCUGACGUUUUCCAGAUUUGUUUACUUUGCUUUGAAUGUGUUUUAAAUGAACUGAAAAUGAAGUAUGACAGUCUGAAUCACGCAGCAGAGAAGUUGUGUUCGAGGAGACGUACCGAGAUCAGACGCUUCAGAGCCGAGAUGAAAUCCCUCUUUUUUUUCCUCCUGCUGGCGGUGGGCUGUGGUGUGGCUGUAGGUCUGACAAGAGAAUAUAUCUACAAUACAACUACUGUAAAGUGGUCUGAAGCUCAGGCGUAUUGCAGAAGAAACUUUAAAGAUCUGGCCACCGUCACCUCUAUGGAGGAAAACAACCGAGUUUUACAAACUGGACUCCCUUAUUCUGGAAGUUGGAUUGGGCUGCGCAGAGAAUUAGGCACCUGGACAUGGUCUGAUGGAGAAAAUGUUUCUUUCCGGAACUGGAAGGCUGGCUCACUAAUUUGGCUUGAUUGUGUCUUCUUAUCUGGAACUUAUGAAGGUUCCUGGUUGAGUGAUUACUGUAUCGACACCAGGGGUUUCUACUGUUAUCGGUUCCUGAUCCUGGUGAAGGAGAGCAAGACCUGGGAGGAGGCUCUGGACCACUGCAGGACUUAUUACACCGGUUUGGCCUCCGUGACCUCCGAGUCGAGUCUGCGGCAGCUGAAUCUAGAGACGGUGCAGACGCAGACAGAGAGCGUGUGGACCGGCCUGCGCUUCAUAAAUGGACAAUGGCUCUGGGUGAGCGGGGAGCAGCUGGGGAGCCUGGUCUCAAUGCCUUCAUGUCCAGCUCCAGCUUAUCGCUGUGGAGCUCUCAACACCACGACAAACACCUUAAUGAACCGAAACUGCAAUGAACGGCUGAACUUCGUCUGCUACUGGACGUGAAUUUACACAAGUACACCUCUCCUUCAGGAAGAAUAUAUUCAUCUCACGAUAUCAUCAUCAUUAUUUAUUUAUUUAUUUGUUUAAGCUUUCUUUACUAAUAUUUAACUGGGUUUUACGUUCAGGUUCUGGUAGAAGAACAGCAACUGAACAGCUGAGGAGUUUAUUUAUCGGUGAAAGAGUCGGAUGUCGAACUUUAUUACACCAUAGUGAUGUAGGACUUUGGAGAGCGAUCGGGUCAGUAGCGCAGGUUUAUAUUACACCACUCGUUCUAAUACGUUAUUGUUUCUAUAGCAACGGCUCGUUCACAGGGACGUGUACAGGUCAUCUAAAGCUAAUGAUAAACUUGGAUCAAACACUUCCACGUAACAUUCCCGCCCAGUUUAAGCCGUCAAGCAAUAAGAAGGAAUCCUUAUUUUCUUCAGUAAAAUGCUUCUUAAAUAUGUGAUGUCAAUGUUCGUGUAAAGAUUCUGAUAUUCAUUAUAAUAUUCUGAUUUUAAUGACUAAAUAUAGCCUAACGUACAUUAAUGUGUACAUUACUUUUUCACAGUGACACAAAUUUGAUCUUUAAGUCAUUGUAAGUCAUUGUUUUCCCCCUAUUGUUUUCUAAUUAUAUAUAUAUAUAUAUAUGUGUGUGUAGUUGUGCAUGUUGUGAUUAAUUAUAGCUUGUAUUUCUUACGUCUUUGUCCUUUUUUUCCCUGCUAUUUGUAACUUGUCAUCUUUUGUAAAUUGAUAUCUGUUCCAUUAAACAUUUG